GGCGGGGCGCGGGCGGGCGGCCCCGGCCCCGGCCCCGGCCCCGGCCCUGCACCUGUGUCCGUCGGCCGCGCUCGCCUUCCGCGCCCGGCGCCGCGGCCCCAUGGCCCCGUCCCGCCUGCAGCUCGGCCUCCGCGCCGCCUACUCCGGCCUCAGCUCGGUGGCCGGCUUCUCCGUCUUCCUUGUCUGGACGGUGGUCUACAAACAGCCGGCGACCUCGGCCAUGGGGGGGCUAGCAGGCGUGCUGGCGCUGUGGGUCCUGGUGACACACGUGAUGUACCUGCAGGAUUACUGGAGGACCUGGCUCAAGGGGCUGCGUGGCUGCUUCUUUGUGGGCAUCCUCUUCUCGGCCUUCUCCGUUGCCACCUUCUGCGCCUUCCUGGCGCUGGCCAUCACCCAACACCAAAGCCUCACAGACCCCAAAAGCUACUACCUCUCCUGCGUCUGGAGCUUCAUUUCCUGCAAGUGGGCCUUCCUGCUCAGCCUGUAUGCUCACCGCUACCGGGCUGACUUUGCCGACAUCAGCAUCCUGAGCGAUUUCUGACCCAAGGAGCGAGACCUCUGCACCCUGGGGGUCGUCAGCCUGAGACAUUGGGCAGGCCUACCACACCCCCUGGGAACCCCAGCACUGGCAGAAAAUGGAUCGCAGGAUGCCUGUAGUCUCCCAGGAAGCUGGGGGCAGUGGAAGGGGUCCUGCCAUGUUGCUCCUCAUCAGCCUGGCUGGAGGGCAGCUUUAGACCUUUUCAAACGGAUCCAUUUUUCUUAGCACUCAGUGAGGAAUCUGUGAGCAGGGCCAGGGCAAUAAUUGAGGGGUAGGGUGGUGAGGCCUUGACCUACGCCUGGGUACCUGGGGAGGUCAGGUCAAGGAAGGGGUCUCUAGUGGAAACCUCUCAACUCCCUACCCUUUGCCCACCCCCCAACUCCCCAACCCAUCAUAGGUCCAGGGAUGAUAACCUUUGGUAGUCUGUCCAUCACCUGGGGAUUUAAGCUGAGUUCAAGUGUGUCCCUUUUCCCACCCUGUUCCCCAACAAGUGGUAGAGCCAGUCGUCUCCUCCACACCCAAAGAGCUCUCUUAUGUGUGCCACACACCCAGAGCAGGGCUCCCCAAAUGAGACCAGACUAAGUGUCUGGGGAAGGUGCUUUGGGGAGCGGGCAGCAUGGGGUAGUCUGGAAGGGGAGCCCUUCAAACCUGACCUGUGCACCUCCAGCCUGCAUUGCCACUCCACCUUCUCAUGCCUGCCCCCUUCCCACCCUAACCGUGAGACACCUACCCUGCUCCUGUGCACUGCCCUUCACCUAGAGCUUCUUUUUAAAUCUCCCUUCGGAAGAACAAAAUCUGCUUUUCUGCCUAUACAGUGGCCGAAAGGCUCACCUAGCAUGGGAGGGAAGGGGCUUUUGUUACAUGUAUCUUUUGUUAAGUUGCUAUUUUGCACAUCUACCCUUCCCACCUGAUGCGCCCUUUGCCUUAUCUGUGUCACUGUCACUUUAGCAGAAAUACAGCAGCCAUUUGUAUUAGA